AUGUAAGCAAAAUUUCAUCCCAAAAUCCAAAAUUCACCAACAUAUGCACCGAACUAUUAAUUUCACAUCGACCGAGCGCGUCAUCGCUCUAUUCACGACCACCACCGCCACCGCCGCCAAUCUGAAACCGUCGUGGCGGCUCAAUUCACCACUCAGGCCACUCGCCUUUGUACACUCCUCUAGCCGCCGUGUGAUGGAUUCUCUCUCUUCUGCCGCAACCAACGGAAUUGACGACUUUGUGCACAUAGAGGACGGGGAACGAGUCUCCGGCGAAGACCACGAGACCUCGCCGAAGAAUGUGGUUGUGAAUAACGAAAUCCCCAAUUCUUAUGAGAGGAAAGUUCUUCCGGCGGAGCUCUCGAGGAGUGCGGUGAUGCUCACGUGCGAAUCGGCUGCUGCCAACGGCGUUUGUGAUGUUUAUUUGGUCGGGACCGCCCACGUUUCUGCGGAAUCUUGCAGGGAAGUCGAAGCUGUGAUUGAUUUCUUGAAGCCGGAGGUUGUAUUUUUGGAGUUAUGCGCUGGUCGUGUCGCUGUGCUUACACCUCAAAAUUUAAAGGUUGCUAGUAAACUUGAAGUUUUUCCAGGGGCCGAGUUUCGUGUGGCAUAUGAAGAAGCGAUGAAGUAUGGUGGAAAGGUUAUACUUGGCGAUCGACCUGUCCACAUCACCUUAAGGAGAACUUGGGCAAAAAUGCCUCUUUGGCACAAGACAAAAUUGUUAUACUCCUUGAUGUUUCAAGCAGUUUUCUUGCCGGAUCCUGAAGUUCUCAGUAAAGCACUGAAAGAAAUGGACGAUGUUGACAUGUUGACUCUCGUAAUUCAGGAGAUGAGCAAGCAGUUUCCAACUCUCAUGGAAACUCUUGUGCGUGAGCGUGACCAAUAUAUGUCUGCCAAGUUAUUAAAAAUCGCGAGCGAGCAUAAUUCAGUGGUGGCAGUUGUGGGAAAGGGGCACCUACCAGGAAUCAAGAAUAACUGGAAACAGCCUGUUGAUAUGAAGGAAAUUCUUUCGAUACCGACACGUAAAAACACUAUAACUUUGCUGGAGCUGCCAUCAUAUCCGGCCUUUAUCUCUCCAUCAGAAAAUAGUCGUGCUAUCUUCCACCGCAAAGAAUAUAACGAGGCGAUAAUGGCGGAUAAAGAGAUAUAUUAUACAACAGCCAUGAAAAUCACGAUAUUGACCAAAGGCUCCGGCUUCUCCAUGGACGUUGACCCUCGAGAACCCAUCCUCCAAAUCAAGCGAAAAAUCCACGACUUUCUCGGCAUCCCCAUAGACUCCCAAACCUUAACAAUCUUCGAUUUGGAACUCAUCGACGGCCUCGAUUUAUCCGAUUACCCUCCAAUCUCCGACGGCACCGUUGUCCACCUCACCACCACCACCACCAAUAACCCCCAUUCCCCAACCCUAGCAAUCUCGACGAAAAUCAGAAUCACGAUUACAUUUCCAAGCAGAAAAGUCGAGAUCGAGGUCGAUCGAGCCACCGACACUCUCCACACCCUCAAGGAGAAAAUCCACAUAGUCGACGGCACGCCAAUCAAGCGUAUGGCACUAUUCUUCAACGGAACAGAGAUGGAGGACGACGGUUCAACCUCCCGGUGCUUGAGCGACUACGGAAUACGAGAUGGCUCGGAGGUCGUGGCCCACACGAGGUCAGUUCGUGUGGCGGCUUCGGCGGCGGCAAGGAGGGUCGCGGUGGUGGUGCAGGCGGCGGCAAGCCUAAUGGGGGCGGCUCGGAUGUCGGUGGAGAUGAACGAGUGGUGCCGUGUGGAGGAGAUGCGGCGGGCGAUGGUGGAGAAGGGGAUGUUGCCGGAGGACGAGUACAUAUUCAUUCACAAGCAAAGGAUAAUGAACGGUGAGCGCAGCCUAAGGUGGCAUGGUGUGGAGAGUGGGGACUUUGUGUAUGUGUUCAAGGGGAGUGUGAGUAGGGUUGGGGACGAGGGUUUCUAG